AUUUUCUUGCCAGUGUGUUUUGCAUUGUCCUUUUCGCAGCUAGACUCUCGUCUGACACGCACCAACUUCUUUUCGGUUCUGUCUGAAAUCAUCGAAUUUCGACAGAAUGUCUCGAAACCGUGCAGCCGAGGAAACUGACAAGCAGACGCGUAUAGCCAUUGUGAGUUCCGACAAGUGCAAACCAAAAAGAUGCCGACAGGAGUGCAAAAAGUCCUGUCCGGUUGUCCGGAUGGGCAAGCUCUGUAUCGAGGUUGCGAUGGAUUCGAAAAUUGCAUCCCUAUCGGAGGAGCUUUGCAUCGGAUGCGGUAUAUGCGUGAAGAAAUGUCCGUUUGAGGCAAUUACCAUUAUCAAUAUUCCGAGUAACUUGGAUAAGCAUACAACCCAUCGUUACUCGAAGAACUCGUUCAAGCUGCAUCGUUUACCGAUUCCUCGCCCUGGCGAGGUGCUAGGAUUGGUAGGUCAAAAUGGUAUCGGAAAAUCAACCGCCCUGAAAAUUCUGGCCGGAAAACUGAAACCAAACCUGGGUCGUUAUUCGGAUCCACCAGAUUGGACGGAGAUUCUCGCUCAUUUCCGAGGCAAUGAACUGCAAAAUUAUUUCACCAAAAUCCUGGAGGACAGUUUACGUGCGCUCAUUAAACCACAAUACGUGGACCAAAUUCCGAAGGCCGUCAAAGGAACGGUUGCGGCUCUGUUGGACAAGAAAGACGAGCGGAACAACCAAAAGGAGAUUUGCGAUCUGCUUGAUUUGACUCACAUUCGAGACCGUGAAAUUCAGGCUUUAUCGGGAGGAGAAUUACAGCGUUUCGCCUGUGCUAUGGUUUGUAUACAAGACGGUGAUAUUUUCAUGUUCGAUGAGCCAUCCUCCUAUCUGGAUGUCAAACAACGUUUGAACUGUGCUAUGACUAUCCGCUCGUUGAUUCAUCCGGAUAAAUUCAUCAUCGUCGUAGAGCACGAUCUCUCUGUUCUGGAUUACCUGUCUGAUUUUAUUUGCUGUCUAUACGGAGUUCCUGGCUGCUACGGAGUGGUGACUAUGCCAUUUUCGGUACGUGAAGGUAUUAACAUUUUCCUGGACGGUUACGUGCAUACCGAGAACAUGCGCUUCCGUACGGAAUCGCUUACCUUUAAGGUAUCCGAGUCUGCCUCGGAGGAGGAAAUCAAACGUACUUGCCACUAUGUUUACCCGCAAAUGAAAAAGAAGCUGGGCGGAUUCACGCUUUCGGUCCAAAACGGGCAGUUUAGCGACUCGGAGAUCAUUGUGCUGCUGGGUGAAAAUGGAACAGGGAAAACGACGUUCAUUCGAAUGCUGGCGGGUAAUUUGGAACCAGAUGAGGAAUCGGAAAAAUUGCCCUGCCUGAACAUUUCGUAUAAGCCGCAGAAAAUCUCACCAAAGAGUCAGUCUACGGUUCGUACUUUGUUGCACGAGAAGAUUCGCGAUGCCUACAUUCACCCGCAGUUCAUUGCCGACGUGAUGAAGCCGAUGAAGAUCGAUGAAAUCAUGGAUCAGGAGGUGCAAAACCUAUCCGGUGGUGAACUUCAACGUGUCGCUUUGGUGCUGUGCUUAGGAAAACCGGCCGACGUCUAUUUGAUCGAUGAACCAUCGGCCUAUUUGGACUCCGAACAGCGUUUGGUUGCUGCUAAGGUUAUCAAGAGAUACAUUUUGCACGCGAAGAAAACUGGAUUCGUAGUCGAGCACGAUUUCAUCAUGGCAACCUACCUGGCCGAUCGUGUAAUUGUGUUCGAGGGUAAACCCUCGGUCGAUACGACCGCCCAUACGCCUCAAUCGCUACUAAAUGGAAUGAAUCGCUUCCUGGAGCUCCUGGAAAUUACAUUCCGACGAGAUCCAAACAACUUUAGACCGAGAAUAAAUAAGCUCAAUUCGGUUAAGGAUGUUGAACAGAAACGAGCUGGACAGUUCUUCUUCUACGAAGAGUCUUGAAUGAGGACCUAAAAUAUGAUACAUUAGUUUGAUUGAACUUUUUUUUACACUUCAAGGAAAAAUGUAUUUGUUUUGAUCAAAAACCAACUGCUUUUGAUUUCAAUAAUUGUGUCUUCAAAUCAUUUGCAGUUACUAACAUGUUCAUAGUGGCGACUCCAUCACCUGCUGUUGUGCUGGUACAAUUUUGCAGAAUGCUGUAACAUGUAGGAGGUUAUUUUCUGGAAAGGAUCGUAAACUUUGUUUGAUUUUCAAAGAAACCUCGAAAUAUAUGAUUGUACAAGGUGAAAAAGCAUGAAA